AUGAUUGGCAUCAUUCCGCCGACCAAGUCCGCCUCAGAAGGACAGGCAGACAGACAAGCAGGCAUGAAGGUCGGUCAGGUGGUGAAAAAAGGAAGCCCCAACGACGACGGACACAAUCACCAACAUGUUCACCUGGUCUCCGACUUGCCCAACAUGUUCAACUCCACUUCACUUCACUCCAAUUCACUCCACUUCACUUCACUUCACUACUAUUGCCCCCUCUAG